UUGUUCUUGUUCAUCAUCUGGAAGUGCAGGACGAACGCUGCUGAACACAAUGAACCAGAAGAUUGUUCUUAUCACAGGCUGCUCCUCCGGGAUCGGCCUGGCCUUGGCUGCACGCAUUGCAAAGGACGAGAAGAAGAGGUUCAUGGUUUAUGCCACCAUGAGGAACCUGAGUAAGGGUGAGGCCCUAAUUGAGGCAGCAGGUCGGACUCUGGGCAGGACCUUGGAAAUUAAGCAGCUGGACGUGUGUGACGAGAGCUCCAUCAAAGCCUGUGUGGACAGCCUGCCGGAGCGCAGAGUGGACAUUCUUAUAAGCAACGCUGGAAUGGGUCUUAUUGGCCCCAUUGAGUGUCAGUCUAUAGAUCAGAUGAAGACUGUGAUGGACACCAACUUCUUUGGGCUUGUACGGUUGCUCAAGGAAAUUUUGCCAGACAUGAAGAGGAGGAAAAAAGGUCAUAUUGUUGUAAUUAGCAGUGUCAUGGGCAUCCAGGGGAUUUUAUUCAACGAUGUCUAUGCAGCAUCCAAGUUUGCAGUGGAAGGAUUCUGUGAAAGUCUCGCAGUGCAGGCACUGAGGUUUAAAUUAAGUAUCACCCUGAUUGAGCCAGGACCAGUCAUAACAGAGUUUGAGCGUAAAGUGUAUGAGGAGGGCUUGAAGACUGAUCUCAGCAAAGCUGAUAAAGUGACUGCUGACAUGUUCACUAACAUCUACCUGAAGAACUACUACCAGAUCUUUGAAAGCCUUGGGCAGAGUGCUGACGAUAUAGCAGAGCAUACACACAAGAUCAUCAUCAUGGAGAAUCCUCCUUUUCGUCACCAGACAAAUGCUCUCUACACACCGAUGACCACUCUCAAAUACGCCGAUCCCAGUGGUGACCUACCAAUUGACACGUUUUACAAAAUGGUGUUUGAACACGAUAAAGUGUUCAAUGCAAGUCUGAACUUCCUCAAAAUGUUGCGCUGGAGAAGUCGACAGAGCUUCACCUUGGAGAAAGAUCACAGCACCUGAUACCCAUGCCUCAACUUUGUCCUUUUUGGGAGCAAUUUACAGCUUUGUAUCCUCAGUUUUCUUAUAUUUAGGUAGGUAUCAGAAUUAUUUGCUGAGAAACUCUGAAACAGUUAUGACCAAAU